AAGUCUCAGAUACUUUCGGGCUUCGAGUCCCUCAUCACUUCACUGUUUUUCCCCCCCUGGUUCUCUCGGAUCUCCCACGCCCAGACCUCCCCCCCACUCUCUCAGGAUGUCUCCGUCCACGUCCCCCCGGUUCUACACCGAGCGGGAGGUGGCCCGCCACUGCACCAAGGACUCCUGCUGGGUGCUGCUGGGGACCAGAGUGUACGACGUGACCGCCUUCCUGCGCAUGCACCCGGGCGGCGAGGCGCUCAUACGGAGCCGCGCGGGGAAGGACCUCACCCGGGAGAUGGAGGGACCCCCGCACCGGCACUCGGCGAACGCCCGGCGGUGGCUGGAGCAGUACUACAUCGGGGAGCUGGACCGGGAGAGCGGCGCGGAAGAGGUACAGACUCUGAGAGAGAGAAGAAAAGCCAGCGAACAGACCGAAGAGAAGUCUGCAGAAAAAACAAAUGGGGUGAAAGAAGAGGAUGAGAACUCCCCUUACAAGCUCUGCAGCUCUGUGGAUCUAGACAAGGACCUGGUGGACUGGCGGAAGCCCCUGGCCUGGCAGGUUGGCCACCUUGGGGAGAAAUACGACGCAUGGGUUCACCAGCCAGUCGACCGGCCCAUCCGUCUGUUUGGAAACCCGUUCAUGGAAGCUGCGACCAAAACUUCCUGGUACUGGGUCCCAGUGGUCUGGCUUCCUCUUGUCUUCUAUCUUUGUUGGCAUUGCUACGUCACCCUGGCAAAGGGCAACACAAGGCUAGAGCUCACCUCAAAUUUCUCCAUCCCGGUCCAUAAGUACAUGUUCCCGAUCCUUUUUAUGAUUGGCUGGGUCUUGUGGACCUUCAUGGAAUACUGCAUCCACCGCUUCGUCUUCCACAUGAAACCGCCGGCUCAUAACUACUACCUCAUCACACUACACUUCCUCCUGCACGGGCAGCACCAUAAGUCUCCAUUUGACGGCUCCCGGCUCGUCUUUCCUCCUGGGUUGGCCUCCUUAGUGGUGGGGUUGUUCUACAUGACCCUCUGUAAGACGCUGCCGGAGACCCUGGGUGUGUCGGUGUUCGUUGGCGGGCUGUGUGGCUACGUUGUGUACGACAUGAUCCACUACUACCUUCACUACGGCUCGCCGAAGAGAGGCUCGUAUCUGUAUGGUCUGAAAGCGUACCACGUCAAACAUCACUUUGAGCACCAGAGAUCAGGUUUCGGGAUCACCACUACGUUCUGGGAUCAUCCCUUCGACACAGUCAUCCCCGAUGAGAAAUUCUAACGCACCGACGGCUCUCCCAAAUGGUCACCGGCUUAUCUGCCUCCCUAACUAGUGACCCAUCCUCCUGUUAGAAACCCCCUCAGCUCCCCUAGCGCAGCAGCAGCCGAUCCAUCUUUACUCACUGUAACACAUUAUAUUCUCUGCAGAUCAGUCAUACGAGUGUGUGAGAGCCAGCCUGAUCUUUAUUCUCACUGUGAUUUUGUUUUUGCACUUUUUGUGCCAUCGUCAUUAAUCGGCAAAACGGAUGCUUCACGGCCGGCACGGGCCGGAUUCAGCCAAACAUUAACCAGAUUACCAGUCAGGGGGAAAGGGGCAUAGCUGUGAUACUCAUCCAGGAUACUGUGGAAAUAAUUUUUAACAAACAUGCAAACAGAUUAACGUGCACAGAUGCUAAAGCGCAGAGAGGGAUAAAGGAAGUGACAGAGGGCGGGCGGAUGUGGCAGAAAGUGUGUCGGCAUCAACAAGUCAUCUUACCAGCAACUCAGGAAAUUCUGUAUCCCCUCCCAGGUCGAAUGUUUAGUUUUUUUUUCUCUCUCUGUAAGGAGAGCAACUUGCUGAAGCACCUGUGAAGACCAAACAUUGGUUUUUCAGAUCUCCUGGUUAGCUACGCGGUCGGGCUUUAAUUUAUUAAACAUCUGCAGGAGUGAGAUUUUACUGUAGUGAUUGCUGCUGUUCCAGAUGUUUGACAUGUGCACAUAUUUCUGAUGUAAUAUUUCCUGUUUUUCCUCCCCGUUUAUGAUUUCACAACAAUGUAUAAAAAAAAGUAUAUAUUUUUAAGAUGUUUUGUACAAAAAAGGAGAUGCUUUCAUUGUCUGUGGGUCGUUGGAUGGAUUCUGUGUGAGUGGAUUUAAGGAGGAAGGUUUUAAGGUGUCUGAGGGACGGAGCUGAGGGAAUGAAGCCGGGCUGUCGCACUUCCUGCUGUGGGGAUCUCAGGGGUAAAAUAUUACAGGGAAAUUUACUCUUAGAAGCAGACUAUGUGGAAAAAGACGGGCCGAGGCAUUUUCCUGUUUGGUUGUUUGUCCAGAUUUAAGUGAGGCGCAGGGCUAACACGUCUGCAGAUGGCCAGACACAGAAACGGGUCGAACAGGAGCAGCACUAGCUGUACAGUUUCUGAAAUACUUAACAAUUCCUCGCAACAAGUUGUGCACAAAAAUAAAUGUCAGUCUGCAGAACGAUUGAAGGAAAAAAAAAGAUCUUUAACCUGUAGCUUAAACUUCUGGGGACUGGAACCUUCAGCUGAUUAAAAUAUCUCACCGAUGUCAUGCGAGAACACUGACGUUUGAAGCUGCACGUCGUGUCUAACUCAAUGCAGCUCUCGUCUACUGUAAUCAAUUCAGAUGGAACGUUUUCAGCACUUGUUGAGGCACAAUAGCAACAGUUUGGUGUCCAUGUUCGUCCUCCGGCCUCGGCUCUGCGCUGGUUAUUUCUGUGGCUGUGGGGGUUUUCUGUCCCGCCUCGGUGUGAAGCUGCUUGUUGGACCCCUAAGAUCCCUGCAGAGGGUGAUGACUAAACGAUCUGACUCGACAGCAGGACGCCCCGGCAGCGACUGGCCGAUCUUCAGCACACUCCCUCAGCACCACGGAGCCGAUAACUUGAAGCAGAACAAACAUAACUCACAUCAUUCACAUGCCUAACGCGAGCAGAAUCCCUUACAGAACGUUAUUUUCACGCAAAGCUUCAGUAAAGACUGCCUUUACAAGCCUGACUAUACAAAAAGAGCAUCUAUUUUAGAUAACCCGACGUUAUGAUCACAGUUUCUCAAUAAAAAAAAAAGUGAAGUACCAAUAAUGGUCUUAUUGAGGGUGGUGUGACUGUUUCUAAUAUAACCCGAGAGCGUACAGGGAUGAGUUGAAACUGAUCCGUCACAGUGCGCCAUUGUCUACAGUUAUCAUUUAAACCAGAUCACUAAAAAAAAAAAAAUCAUAACUGAAUCUCAGAUUUUUAUUUUAAGAACCAAAAAUGUAUAUAAAAUAGAUAUUUUUGUCUAUCAUUUUAGAAUUAAUAAACUAAUGAAAAAUAAUGUGAUUUCAUUCACUGUAACAUAAGACAAACUGAUGUUAUUUAUGUGAAAACUAAAACAUCUAAUUCUCACAUCAACAUUUUUGUGCUAAAUACUGCAGCAUAAAUAAUUUUAUUUCCAAAAUCUGUUUACUUUGAGUUUUAUUUUGGAAUUUAAAAUUUCUAUGCAAAGGCAAAUGUUUGUAAAUAAAUGUAUAUUUCUGCCA